AUGGAUGAUCUUGUGAUGAGCGACCUGAACCCAGGACGGGGGAGUGGGCCUAUGGAUCUCGACGAAGUACUCAUAAUGCGAAGUCACCAGGAUGACGAGGAUGCGCUCGUGGAAGCAGAAGCGGAAGAGGCCGAGUUUGAAGAGACGGACCUUGAGAGCGACUUCGACAAUGUGCAGCAGCACCAUCCUACUUCAAAGAAACUCGUGAUCGAAAUCCCCAGCUCUACCCUGAUUGCCCCACGGUCGGCCUUCAGAAGCCCGGCAGAGUACGCCCACAUCAGCAAAGAGCAUUCGGCAGUACGAAGUCUUUUGGAUUCUGACCCAAGUCAGCUAAAUGAAGACUUCGUUGAGUUCGAAUUAGAUGACUUCGUGGUGUACAUUGACACCAAGAGAUAUCCCCAGGAGAUGAGAGCCCUACACACUCAUGCCACUCUAACUGGCCAACAGAAGUUCUUCUUCAACGGCACGCUCCGGCUGGGCGGGAUCGAGCGUCGCGUAGAGAAGGUGCUUUUUGAGGAAAUUCCUCUGGGAAACUACGGCAAAGAUCACCCGACAGUGGGCGACCAGCUUUGGAUUUGUUCUGACCUCAACCGGGAAAAGAACAUCUACUAUCAGCUGAAACGUCCGUCUUUCGAAUACGCCAGAUUUCACCAGGACUUCCUUUGGGUGGCAGACCUGGCGAAGCAUGUGGUCGACUUUUCAGAGCACCUGAUAGAGUUGGGUCAAAACGUUUCUAUUCGCCAUUUUCAACAAUAUUUCGCUCGUUGGCUCCAGACAGUCCACGGGUCCUCACCAACAUUUCAGAAGUGGUACACGAAACGUGGAAGUGACGACUUUCGACAAUCAAUCGUGGCAAAUGAACGGUUCAUACGGAAAGAACUAUUCGACAUGUUUGAAGGCCAGAAAUGGACUCACAUUCACAUCUUCCGGGAGAUUACACACCCCUUUGGUAUGUUUGGCCGCCAGGGCCAUGGGUUUUUGUCGAAGGGAGACCGCGUUCCCUACACGAUAGUAACUCCAUACAUAUAUGACUGCUUUUCUCAUAUGGAGAUGGGGAUGAUAUUGAAGCCCAUGCAACCCUCAGUCAACACUAAGGAAGCCACAUCUCGCUCAUGGAUAACAAAUGGGAUGCAAAGCCCGAGGUUUGUUCGAACAGCUGAUGCUUUCUAUCAGCACCGGGCCAUGAUCGACAGUAUCAAACCUGGAGACACGAUCUCGAUAGCUCCUGAUACAGAAGAGACCGAUACACCAUGGUCUACGAACAAAGCAGACAAGAAAUGGUAUGGUCUCGUACAAGGCGUAUCCAUGAUGAAGGCCAAGAUGGGGCUUCGACGAUGCUUCGAUAUUACAUGGCUGUACGAUCCUGAAGACACUCCAUGCUGCUCGAUGAAAUAUCCGUGGCCCAACGAGCUCUUCCUCAGCGAUCACUGUACGUGUGAGGAGAGACAGCGGCGAAUUCCGGAACACGCGGUCGUCGGAGUCCACACCGUGGAAUGGUUCGGAACACCCCGAACCACAGCCGAGUUCUUCAUCAGACAAACAUACCAGGUCGAACAGCGCAGAUGGAUAUCCCUCCAGCAAGCGCAUAUAUUCUGCCAACACGAAAAGAAGCAACGUCAUAAGAUCAGGUAUCACAUUGGCGAGACUGUCCUCGUGCUGACUCCUGGAACAAUGUUCCUGGAGCCACGCGAAGUUUUGAGCUACGGGAAGGACAAUGAAUGCGUCCGUCUACGAAAGUUCAUAAGACGUACAGACAUUCACAGCAAGUGUGCACCAAAUGACCUUAUCUACACCGACGAGCAGGAAUCUGUAAAUGUCAGCCGCAUCUAUACCAGAUGUAUCGUGCGUUGCUACUAUCCGGGCGAGACCAUACCGGCGCCAUACAAUGCGAACGGUACUGGAAACGCUUUUAUCGUUAGCCACAGAAAGUCUGCCGAUGGCUCAAUACACCCCUUGAGCCCAACCAACAAGCCAACAAUUCGCGAAGGCUUUGACCCAACCCACUUGGUGAAUAAGCUUCGCGCCAUGGACCUUUUCAGUGGAUGUGGAAACCUCGGCCGUGGACUCGAAGAUGGAGGCGCUGUUCACUCGAAAUGGGUGAACGAUAUUUGGGACGCAGCUAUCCACACUUACAUGGCCAAUGUGAAAGACCCAGACUCUGUGCACCCUUUCCUCGGCUCGAUAGACGACUUCUGCCUGCAAGCCUUCCAGGGCAAAUUCAGCAACUCUGUUCCGUCUCCGGGUGAAGUCGAUUUGAUCUCUGGUGGCAGUCCUUGUCCCGGCUUCUCUAUGAUCACGCCAGACAAGCAAACGAUCCAGCAGGUUAAAAAUAGGUCUUUGGUCGCCGCGUUUGCAGCAACUAUUGAUUUCUACCGACCAAAAUACGGUAUUUUAGAAAACGUGAAAACUAUCGUACAGAGCAAAGGAAACCGCACUGAGGACUACUUCUCACAACUCAUCUGCGCCAUUGUGGGCAUGGGAUAUCAAGCCCAGAUCAUCCUCGGCGACGCCUGGUCCCACGGAUCCCCCCAGGCCCGUGAAGAAAGAAUCCGGAUCUUUGGGGAUGAUGACCAACGGGAACCCUACGUCGUGCGAUCAAACAAGCCAACGCCGUUCAAGUACGUCACCGCCCUAGAAGCGACGGCCGACCUUCCCGACAUCUACGACGCAAAAACAGAGACGUGCGUGGCUUUCCCAGACCAUCGACUCUCGAUCUCUCUGUCCUCGGGAGAUCUAACCAGCGGAGUUAAAUACGGCCGCGGGAAAAAUGGCCGAACCCAAGGCCUCAAUAUGCCCAUACGGCCGUUCGGAAUGAAUUUCUCAAGGGCCUGGCACCACAUGAUCAAAGAUCGUCUCAGCGAGGACGCGUACCAUGACAUGUUUGACCACGAGCGAGACGCCUACCCCCGCCCAGGGAUCCCGCGGACAUCGAACAUCAGCAAGGCCUGGGGCCGCGUCCACCCACACGGCCUCUUCCACACCAUCACGACGGUGUGCCAGUGGACCGACGCGCGGACGGGCAGGCUGUCGCACUGGGACCAGCCGCGCCCGCUGACCGUCAUGGAGGUGCGCCGGGCGCAGGGCAUCCCGGACCACGAGGUCCUGCUCGGCUCGGCCAAGGACCAGUGGGAGAUGGUCGGCAACGCGGUCGCGAGGCAGAUCGCCGUGGCCCUCGGGCUGUCGCUGCGGAGGGCGUGGUUCGGCUCCCUGUACGAGGAUGGACCGGCGGCCCCGGAGGGUGUGGACCAGGAUUUGAAGAGCAGUGACGAUGGCGUAGAGCACCUGACCGUGAAGGGCGAUAUAGCUAUGUCGCUAGACUCGGAUUGA